AUGGUGAGGAUGACGAGGACGGCGGCGGCGGCGACUUCACCAAAUUUAACCCGCAAGUGCUCGACGGCCAUGGCGAAGCCUCCUUGUCUUGCACGCAAGCUCUUCCUGUGGCUCUUCAUCGCCGUCAACCUCCCCACCAGCUCCUUCCAGACCGAUGACGACGAUGAGGUGACCAACAAAACAUGGGUGCUGACCCCCAAAGUGUUCGAGAGUGACGUCACCCACAUCCUCAAUGGCCUACUGGAUGGAUACGACAACAAACUGAGACCCGACAUCGGAGUUAAACCCACAGUGAUCCACACAGACAUGUUUGUCAACAGCAUCGGCCCAGUGAACGCCAUCAAUAUGGAAUACACCAUCGACAUCUUCUUUGCCCAAACCUGGUACGACAGAAGGCUAAAAUUUAACAGCACGAUGAAGGUUCUGCGUCUCAACAGCAACAUGGUCGGCAAGAUCUGGAUUCCCGAUACGUUUUUCCGCAACUCCAAAAAAGCCGACGCCCACUGGAUCACAACGCCCAAUCGCAUGCUUCGGAUCUGGAACGACGGGCGAAUCCUCUACACGCUCAGGUUGACCAUUGAUGCUGAAUGCCAACUGAAACUGAACAACUUCCCAAUGGAUGAGCACUCGUGUCCUUUGGAGUUUUCAAGCUAUGGCUACCCGAGGGAGGAGAUUGUGUACAAGUGGAAGAGGAGCUCAGUGGAGGUUGGAGACAUCCGCUCCUGGAGGCUUUACCAGUUCUCCUUUGUCGGCCUGAGGAACACCUCAGAGAUUGUCAGGACCGUCUCGGGCGACUAUGUGGUGCUGACCGUCUUCUUUGACCUGAGCAGGAGAAUGGGCUACUUCACCAUCCAAACCUACAUCCCAUGCACUCUCAUUGUUGUCCUCUCUUGGGUCUCCUUCUGGAUCAACAAGGAUGCGGUGCCAGCCAGGACAUCAUUAGGCAUCACCACCGUGCUGACCAUGACCACGUUGAGUACCAUCGCCAGGAAAUCUCUUCCUAAAGUCUCCUACGUGACGGCCAUGGACCUGUUUGUGUCCGUCUGCUUCAUCUUCGUCUUUGCCGCACUAAUAGAGUACGGCACGUUGCACUACUUUGUCAGCAACAGAAAGCCAAGUGCCAAAAAGGACAAGAAGAAGAAAAACCCGCUCCUCCGGCUCUUUUCCUCCAAGACGCCCACGGUGGACAUCCGCCCGCGCUCGGCCACGGCCAUCCAGAUGAACAACGCCACGCACAUGCAGGAGCGCGACGAGGAGUACGGCUACGAGUGUCUGGACGGGAAGGACUGCACCAGCUUCUUCUGCUGCUUCGAGGACUGCCGCUCGGGGGCGUGGCGGCACGGCCGCUUGCACAUCCGCGUCUCCAAGAUUGACUCGUACGCACGCAUCUUCUUCCCCACCGCGUUCGGGCUCUUCAACCUAGUCUACUGGGUCUCCUAUCUCUAUCUUUAAGAGCGCACGUCCAGCCUUAUCACCGCGCUCUUUACGUCGUGUGGGACAUUUCUUCAGGAGCGGGGACGCCAUCCGUCAUUUUUCAUUUGCGCACUUUUCAUCCCGUCCAAUCGGUCAGUUUAGGCGCGGCGGACGUCGCAAAACCUGUAGCAUUACUUCAAGCGGCAAGAAGAAGAUCGAUAAAGGCUGAUUGGAAUUAUUCCUGUGUGUGAUCAUCUCGUGUUCACUGUGCCAACGCCUCAUUUGGUUUUGUUUUUUCGUAGAUAAAUGGGAAGGAAGUGAAUCAAGUUACAACUGUGCUGAAAAGUGUCAAGCACUUUAAAAGAGCUCAAAUUAGGGAUGGGCAUUUGAUGAGAUGACGGUUUGAUGUUCCUCUUUUUGUUGUUGUUCUGAUAUUAAUGGGAUGGUAGAAUGUGAGAAUGUUCUGAACUCCCUUUUACAAAAACAAGGAGCGUUACUGAGCAAUAAGGGAAAUGACUCAAACUUGAUUCAACUUCAAGACUAAUUUAAUUAAGAUUGUACUUUUGCAAAUAUUGUAUGGAUGAGACGGAUUCAACAUCAUCUGCGUUAGUUGCAGCCAGGUUGCCGGAUCCCAGAUCGUUCUGAAUGACCAAUUCAUUGAUUAGGAUGCCCGUCCCUAAUUUUCAUUUGGCAAGUAACCAUCUACCAUUUUUACGUGUAGUCAAAAGCGACGACGAUGCCGUUUAUGGACAAGUGUAUCAAUAUUGUAAAUAUUUGACUAUCGCAUAGUGUGUUUGUAUUUAUUGCAUGCACCUUUCAAGGCCAAAAAAAAACGACAUGCAUUUUUUUUUCCUGUCGACUACUGCUGAGUAUCAUUCAGGGUAUCAUUCAGACAAGAAAAAAAUAUAUAUAUUUGACUUUUCAACACAUUUACUGUUAAAAGGCAGCAUUAUCUGUAUGCAAGAAGAGACGCAAGGAAAGUUAGCCUCUGUCCGCUUGAGAAAAACACAGCCGCCACAAAGAAGACCUAACUAAACAACAUUCCAAAGCAGAUGUCAGGAUCAUUUGUGGAGCUCACAUCUUCUAAGACGACACAAAAUAGAAAGCUUCUUUUUUUUUCAAAACAGCCUUAUCACUUUGAGCUAAAAGUCACCAAUAUUCAUUUUCUCCGAUGCUUUUGCUUUGAAUGGUGUUGGGCUGAGAGAGGUCGCAAUGAAAGCGUUGUAAAUGUCGUGUAAUAUAUAAUGCACUUAUGACACGGGUGGCGGGCGGGGGAAGCACUUUUUGAUAGAUGAAAAUAAAUCUGGUCAAAAAAAUGACAUUUUUUAAUCAGAGAUGCAAGUAAACUUUCUAAAUGAUUUUUUGCAAUGAUUCCUUAUCUGCCUUCUAUUUUUCUCUAGUACGUCAGGUUUUCAAAACAAUAUAACAUGUAAUAUAUUUAGUAAUAUUCAUGACUUAGGAGUUUGGUAGAUUUAUUUUCUUAAACACUAUACCGAUGAAUUUGAACAGAUGAAACAUUUCACUUUACACAAGGUUGAAAACAAAAGAUUAAAAUUUCAAAAACCUGAUCUGCUGGCGAAAAAAGAACAUUUUGGAACUCAGCAUCAAAAAUACACUUAGGGACACGUAAAUCUGUCUCUGAUUAAAAUUUGCUGUUGACCAUUGUAAUCGCACAAAAGAGCGUGUGUAAAUCACACUCUGAUGUUAUGUAUAUAAAUUACAAAAAGAAAAAAAAAAGCCCUUUGGAUUUUCUAUUAAAAAAGAAAAUGAAAAGAAAGAAAAGGGUCUAUAUAAAAAUAUAUAUUUUGUAAUUUCAGCUUGUUGCAUUAUAUAAAAUUACAAUAUAUUAGAUUUAUUUAAUGGCGUAGAAUAAUCCAAGGGUGGGGGGGGGUAUUUAUUAUUUAUAGUAUUUAUUUAUUUCAUGGAAAUAAAUUGUACUUUAUGUUCAUAUCGUUGUCAAAAAAAAUAUCAAGAGUGCUUUUUUUUGUCAGUAUAUCAAUGGAGCUUUAGCUUAACUUCUCUUGUGUUCUUUCUAUGUUGUGGUUCGAUGUUCUCACCGAGCUCUGUCCCUGUUUGCUCAAAUGAGACUCUGCUUUUUUGGAGCUUCAGCUUCACGGGAGGAAAAAAAAAAAUCGGUCAGUUCCGUUUUUACAAAAAGAGAGGGGGG